AAGUCGUUCGCUCCAAUGUGAAUGUAAUCCUACUAAGAACGGACUGAACAAAUACAUUCAACAUCGGCUCCUCACACAUUUAGCACGCAUCUAUCUCCAUCGUAUAUGAACCUUAAUACGCAAAACGCGGUCAGUGUCUCUUCAAAUCACGUUGGAAUAUUAAUGGGAUUUUUUAAAAAGUUUCUUCGUUUAUUGCGAAUAUCGAAAAAUCCCGAAGAAUCGAAUAGAAAAAUGAGUGGAAUCAACAGUGACGAUGACUACACCGAGACUCCACCCAAAAAAUCGCAAUCGGUUUAUGAUAUAAACCAAGCCGCAUCAAGCGAUGAGAUCGAAGUAGCUGGGACCUCAUCGAAUUCUUCCGACCAAGUGCCUUUGCCGUCAAUUUUCAAAUUGACAAUCGAUUGUUUUGACGAGAUAUUUGAGUAUUUGAAUGUGAAAGAUUUGCAUUCAUUCGGCCAAACAUGCACACGAAUGAAUAAAGUGGCCGGCGAAUAUUUCAAACGAAAUUACAAACGAUGCGAAAAGUUCACACAUUACAAUGGCAUUUAUACGGUGUACUCUGAUCAUGAGGGUGUAUCGAAUGAACGCACGCAAACCUCUGGUUUCAAUCGAUUCAUUCAUAACAUAUCGCAGUACUACGAGAAUGUGGGGCCACUCAGUUACAUCGAAACGUCCGUCAAUGAAUUUGAAUCGGUUGGUGACAUCUAUUUUGUGUGUACAUGUAUUGAUGCACAUAAAAUCAAAAACUUUAAACCAAUCCUACCGCAAGUUGAAACCAUUCGACUUCAUCAAUGCACUGGUCGUGGUGAUGUGUACGAAGUUUUGCUGCAAUUUUGUACAAAUCUAAAGAAUUUGACGAUUUACGACGACGUGGGUUAUAUCAUAAAUUCUUAUAGGCGAAACGAUUGGCUGAACAAAUGCUAUCCAAAACUUGAACACAUCACAUUGUCACCGCGGAUAAACAAGGAAAUUCCAGACCUAAGUGCAUUCUUCCAGCAAAAUGCGAGUGUUCAAAGUUUUUCAACCACGUCACAAUUUCUGUGGAUGAAUCAGGGUCAGUUGGACGCGAGCAAUGUGAAAUUGAACGUUUUGGGCGUUGAAUUCACCAAAAAGUUUGGCAGCAACCUGUCGAGCUUGGGUCAAUUUCGAGAUCUAUUCAAUGAAAUGCACGGAAAAGGCAUUUUUAAAGGAUUACAUUUAACCGUUGAACGUAUCAACCAACAAUUUUGCGAUGAGAUUGUUUCAUUGCCAGCUGUUGAAAAGCUGACUCUUCGUGAGUUCAACGAAAUUUACAGCUUGCACCAGUUGACCGGAUUGAAGGAGUUGACACUGCCGAGUGGUCUUACGUCGAAGGAUAUUGAAAUGCUGGCCAAUAAUCUUGUGAAUCUCCACACGGUUUCCAUUAGCUCCGUCACAUCAAACGAUCUUCUUCCAUUUAUGCGAUGUGCCAAAUUGAGGAAACUCUAUGCCUAUCUUAAUGGCGGCAUUUUAAAUUUGUCUAAAUUGAAUAAGGAACGCGGAAAAUUGGGUAACGCAUGGAAAGUCGUCAUUUAUCUCAAUCAGAACAUUUUUUUGGCUACAAAAUGGUCCAUUGGAAACACCAAUUUGAAAUUCGUCGAAAUCAAACGAAGCUGCGCUGAAUAAGUUUGAAAUUGAUGAUCAAACGCACAGUAAAAGUAUAAAAUACACACGAAAACUCAUGAUUUUACUAUGCACAUUUUUCUUUGCUGCAAAAAACAUUGUGUUUGGAGUAAAGAGCUCUGAGCAAAGAACGUUUUAGAUGAAGGUAGAUCAAUAUUUUGAAGAAAUUCGUACAAAAAUUACUAUUUUUUCAGCGAUAUUGUCCAUGCUACCAAUAUUUUUAUGUGUUGUAUCGAAAUAGAAGGCAGAAAAUAUUAGUAA